AUGCCUGAGGUGAAGAUACGUCUCGAAGAGCAAGAGUUCAUUGCGCAGCAGCUUGCUGAUCCCGAAGUGCAAGCGACGCUGCAGCAACGUGGGACAUACGGGGUGCAAACGACCGUCCGUGACAUUCUACUAACACGUUACAUGACACGGUUCAACCACCUGCUCCCUGGCGAGCCUGAACAGGUGUACUUGGAACGUCAGAAGCGUCAGAGGGGUCGCGGAAAACCGCGUCGGCAGGCAGAAACCGAAGCGGAGAUGAAGGAUCGCAUGACAAUGGCAGGCUCGCGUAUAUUGAACCACAUCAAGGCCUGGGUGAGGAAGAAUGUCCCGGUCGGUGAUGCGUCCACGGCGUCUGCUGAAUCGGCGACCGCACCAGUGGGUGACCUCAAGCGGGAGGCCGCCCCGCGACUCGGCGCAUACAGGGAGUUCCUUAACAGCGAUCACCCGGACGUGCCCCAGAUGGACGUCACCCUGUCGCGUCCGGAGCGUAUGGCUAAAUUCAACCGGGAGGGACGUCGGGCGUUCAAAAACCUCGGUGAGGAAGAUCGGGCGUUCCUCGAGCGGCAGGUGGAGAAGAAACGCCAGGCGGUUGCGUCCAAUGACCGUCUUGACGAACUCCGCCGGCAGUUGUACGUCGUGCAGCUGCGCUCAACCCACCAAGCCAAAAUGAAGGGAUGGCAGAGAAUGACGGGCUGUGUCGGCCUGUCCAUGAUAGGAGGUCUUGAUGAGACGGGCCAGCUAUUCAUCUCGGUCGCCACUACUGGGAAGGAUCCGACGGGCCGCUCGUUUCCUGCGGCCCUGCAAGACAGUCUCGAUGUGCAGCCCACCCGGCUGGAGUCGGAGUUCGCUCACUGGGUGCACAGGAUCUUCGACCGGGGCGGCACGUCUACGCCCGCGCAUUCAUCUGACAGCGACCAUGUGGCCUCGAACAGUCCUACACUCCCAGGCCCUCCUCGUACCAGUGCUGGGUCGGUGAUGUCCGCCGAGCCUACCAACAGCAGUGGACUGGCGCAUGGGCUCGAUGCCUCCAGCCUCUCCAUACCUGUUGCCGCGCUGUCGGAGUUGGCCCCAUCGGUGGGCAGGAAAGGGCCCGUGCCACCCCGGUCUCGCCGUCCGCCGGUGACAGCGGCAUCCGUGGAGAACGGCACAUCCUCUUCCGCGAAGCCCAAUACGCGCGCUAUCAUCCCCAAACUCAAUAUGGUUAUACCGGCCGGCAGCAAAACCUCGACGAAUACCCAGAAGGCUCGCGCCCAGGCGAAGGCGUUCACAUCAAAGCCCAGCGCACGGGCCAAACGCCAGGCCAAGAUGCCAGUCGCCGCUUGUGAUCCUAAGGAGCGGCAUGCGAGGACGCUGCAGGGAGCAGCGCUGCGCCGGAUGACGGAGAUCGAAACACCGCACAGGACGCCGCUGUUACUGCUGACGGGGGCAGACCAAAAGGUCUGCGAGCAUGCGCUCAUCUGGGUUCCCGGUGAAGGCUCCUGGGGGGAGCGCGGACCCCAGACGCAGAUAGGACAACCCCGUUUAGAGACCGAGAACCACAUCAUCUGCCCUACUCGCCCUUCAACAGCCUUUUUCUUCCUGGCCCGUGUCGCUGCGGUCAACCGAUUCCGCACCUUGCUGCUUCCCGCUCAAGGCUCCCCCUCCUCUCAGUACAGUCAAGCGCUCAAAGAACUCUGCUGGCUCGGGCUCGAGCACCGACUCCCUCCUGAACUCGUCAACUAUUCUGAAGCGGAGCAGGCCAUAACAAACCCGGUCCCCGAAGACCAGCUUGCUGCUAUCGAAGCGCAGCGUGAAGCCGACCGUCUCACCAAGGUGUCCAAGGCCGCUGUUCAAAAUCUGGCCAAUACGCCGGUCAAGAGCAAGGGCAAGGGCAAGGGUAUCGCCCUUGUCAACUCCAGCGAUGAUUCUCCCCUCAUUGACUUCCCUUCAAGCGCCAGCCUUAGCCCGGUGCUAACUCAGAAGUAUACGAAACCGGCAAUCGACAAGGGUAAGGCGAAGGCCAACAUGAAAUCACGCGCGCCCUCCCCAGUUGUGUGGGUGCCUUCGAGCACCAGCACCACGCCGGAGCAGCUUGAAGCUGAUGCGCUGCUCGCUCGGUCGCUCAGCCAGGAUGAAGUGUUUCCCCCAGACACAACACAGAACGAUGCAGCGCUUGCUCGGUCGCUCCAGGAUCUCCUGGACAACGGGGGCAUAGUCGACGAUGACGAAGUCCCUCCUUGGAAGGCCCGACAACGCCCUGGGCGUGCGUCCGCCGCCUGCAGGUCGCCUAGCGUGGACGAUUCUCCCAGCGUGCUGGCCGCUGCUCGGCGCAAGCUUACGCAAUCUCGGAAGCCGGUCAAGGAGUCGCCCCUAAAGGGUUUACUGAGCAUCAGCGACAGCGACAACGGUGAUGAGCUCUUUGCUUUCGCUGAGAGCGACGACGACACCCCCAGCGAUCUCGCCUCCCAGAACCAGGGCUCAAACAAGGAGAACAGCGGUCCUUACGGCAAGGGCCUCGCUCGCGACGGCGACAUGGUUACUACAACCUCUGGCAAGCGCCGUUAUUCCGUCAUCUCCCUCUCUUCGGACGACGAGAACGAUGGCCCGCCCCCGCUCAAGACUGUGAAGAUCAAGGAGGAACCGACCGAACACGUUCUUCGCGACCUCCUGGAAGUCGCGACCACCCCUUCUACGUCCCACCCGCUUACAGGCCAAGGGCCUGGGGUUACAUCCAAGGUCGCUGAGGUGCCCUCGCCCAAGCGACCCUCUGCCGACACGAACACCCUUCUGCCAGCCAUUGAGGGCGUCCGGGACCUCCGGCCCUGGCUCGUCGGAUCCGAGGUCGUCAACUCGUGGGUCCUUAAGCCCCCGGGCCGUGGAGCUGUCGCGGGGCCGUCGCGCGGGCCUCGGACGCUUUUCCUCCGUGACGACUACACCGGUGCCAGCGCCAACGCUGCAGAGGUCCAAGCUGCCGUGAAGGGCAUCUCACCUACUCUCCUUGCGGCCUUCGUCGGCCGCUGCCUGCCCCAGGCGGCGCACGCUCUGCGGCCUUUCGACAUGAAACUCGACAAGGCCAACGAGGACAUCCCCUGGGGUGACAAGCCGUGGGUUCUGACGACCAAAAUAUACGUAGAGGACGAUGAAGGUCCGCUCCAUCGGAUGCAAGGCGUGGCGUCUAAGGUCACAGACAUCAUCGCGAUGGACAUCUUCUCGCUCUCCGACAUCAUGGGGGCCUACGGCUGUGCAAAAUUUCAGCUUGGGCACAAGCAGUGCUCUGGGGAAACCACCUGGGAGCCCCGUGACCUUUUCGACACCAUCAACAUCGGCUGGCCAAAGGUGACCACCAUUGUACUCGCUCUCCCCCACGUAACGCUUGAGAACAUAAUCAUCUAA